AUGUUUAUUGGUUACAUGCUUGAUCCUGAUACUACUACAACUACUCCAAUUACUACGACUACUCCAACUACCACAACUACUACAACUACUCCAAUUACUACGACUACUCCAACUACCACAACUACAACAACUACUCCAAUUACUACGACUACUCCAACUACCACAACAACUACAACUACUCCACUUACUACGACUACUCCAACUACCACAACUACUACAACUACUCCAAUUACUACGACUACUCCAACUACCACAACUACAACAACUACUCCAAUUACUACCACCACUCCAACUACCACAACUACUACAACUACUCCAAUUACUACGACCACUCCAACUACCACAACUACUACAACUACUCCAAUUACUACGACCACUCCAACUACCACAACUACAACAACUACCCCGAUUACUACGACCACUGAGACAAUCAGUUCAACUACACCUGAUCCGGGUUGUCCCACAUGUCCACCGGGGGUAUGCAAGCCCGACGACCGCUGCCCGAUUAGCUGCAAUGAAUGUGAGCCAGUUUUACUGCCCCAUCCAGACCAAUGUGGAAUGUUCCUUAAAUGUACACAUGGAUUCGCUUGCGAAAUGCACUGUCCGGCGGGACUUCACUGGAGCGUACAACAAAACCGGUGCGAGUGGCCUAGAUGCGCUGGCUGCGAUCCUACAAUUCCUCCGGGGUGCGACUGUGACAAUGCCGCAUGUCCAUGA